AAGAGAGGAGGAGAUAGAGGACAAAAGGAGAAGGGCUGCCAAAGAAGAGCUAUAGACAGAAGCAUAAAUAUUACUGAAACAAUAUAACUAAUAUUUUAUAUCUGCUAAGACCUGCAAAUUGCAUUCAGGCUUGCAAACCUCUCCACAGGGGAGUAGAAAUGCAGCACUUCUGGCUCUCCAUUCUUUCCAGCCUCAGCCUCCAACUGGUUCUCCCGUGCAAAGCUGAGGAAGGUCUCGAGUUCCCCAACUUUGACGGCAAGGACAGGGUGCUGGACAUUAACGAGCGCAACUACAAGAAGGCCCUGAAGAGGUAUGACUUGCUGUGCCUGUUCUACCAUGAACCCGUGCCAGCCAACAAGGGUCUGCAGAAGCGGUUCCAGAUGACAGAGUUGGUACUGGAGCUCACAGCUCAGGUCCUAGAGGACAAAGACAUUGGUUUUGGAAUGGUGGACUCCCAGAAGGAUGCCAAAGUAGCAAAAAAAUUGGGUCUGGAGGAGGUUGGAAGUGUGUAUGUGUUCAAGGACGAUCGUGUCAUUGAGUUUGAUGGGGAGCUCUCAGCAGACACCUUGGUGGAAUUUCUCUUAGAUGUGCUGGAGGAUCCAGUGGAGAUCAUCAAUAAUGCCAUGGAGCUGCGAGCAUUUGAGAGAAUGGAGGAGGACAUCAGGCUCAUUGGCUACUUCAAAGGAGAGGAUUCAUACUUCAAAGCUUUCCAGGAAGCCUCGGAGAGAUUUCAACCUUACAUCAAGUUCUUUGCAACAUUUGAAAAAUCUGUGGCCAAACAUCUCUCCCUAAAGAUGAAUGAAGUAAAUUUCUAUGAGCCGUUCAUGGAGGAGCCGGCCAUCCUGCCUGGAAGACCACUGUCAGAGAUGGACAUAAUUGAGUUUGUCAACCAACACAGGAGGGCUACACUGAGGAAGCUCCGGGCAGAGAAUAUGUUUGAGAUAUGGGAGGAUGAUAUGGAUGGGAUACAUAUUGUUGCCUUUGCUGAGGAGGAAGAUCCAGAUGGCUAUGGGUUCCUGGAGGUCCUGAAAGACGUGGCCAGAGACAACACUAACAACCCAGAGCUCAGUAUCGUCUGGAUUGAUCCUGAUGACUUCCCUCUGCUGACCACGUAUUGGGAAAAAACCUUCAAGUUGGAUCUGUUUAGACCCCAGAUUGGUGUGGUCAACGUCACAGAUGCAGAUAGCGUUUGGCUGGACAUGUCAAACGAUGAGGACCUGCCAACGGCGGAGGACCUGGAGGACUGGAUCGAGGACGUCUUGUCAGGGAAGGUGAACACAGAGGACGACGAUGAAUUUGCCGAUGACCAGGAAGAUGACCACUAUGUCUUGGAAGACAGCGACGAAAGUCCAGGCCCAGACGAAGAGGAUGAUGAGGAUGAUUAGAAGGCCAGAGUUAAUGUCUUUGGAGUUCAAGAAAAAAAUGAAACUCAGAUUUAAGUUUUGUUUCUGUCCAAUCAUUAAAAGAAAAUAAUGUUCAAUGUGAUGUAAUGGCUUUAAAUAUUAAGAAAUUUAGACAAAAUGGAUAGGAGUCUUAGAAGACAAACUAAACAUCACGAAAAGUAUGAUAUUAUCAAGGGAAUGUUUGUGACCUAAUUUUGCAUCUUGCCUGAAGCUGUAAUUUUCUGUUAUUCGCCAAGGAUCAUGUCCUUUAAUUGAUUCCUUUUUGUAACUUAAAGGCAAAAAUGGUGCAACAAAAAAAGAGAUCAGUGAACAUUUCAGAGUAGACCCUCACCUUAAAGCUGUCUGUAAAUCAAGUGAGUAUGUGGAAGUAUAUAUUUAGAAAAAUAAAGAGCAAAUGACAAUAGUCUA